AUGCUCUCCCAGCCAGCCACACGCGUCGUUGGACGGCUCUUUAAAAGCCCUUCUAUAAAACUCGAACACUAUUACCGCUAUGCCCACACCAUUCCAGCGACGGCAGACGACAGAGCUCUCAAAGAAGUUUUCGACCAAUCGCGCGGCACUCAGUCUUCCUCAGGGCCUCCCACCGGGUUGUUCGGUCACCGCACACUAACCUCUCCCGACGCGUUGUUUAAACUUGCUGACGCGACCGUCCUCCGGGCCCAACUCUUGACAAAGCGGAUUCUCCGUGCUAGAGAGUCGCGCAGGGAGCUUUCCCUCGUUAUAAAAAACAUAGACCGCCUGUACAGUCUUGUUGCAGGUGUUACAAAUGCCGCAGAGCUGAUCGAAAACUCCCAUCCAGACGAGAAAUGGGCCGAGGCGGCUGGCGCAGUCCAUCGUAGGCUAAGAGACUACACGAACACGUUAAACGGGCAUGCAGGCAUAUUAGCAGUCCAGACUGAAGUACUCGACAAUCCAUCCCUCAUGAAGUCGUUUUCGCCUGAGACACGUGCCACGGCACUCCGCUUUGCGCGCGACGAGCUGGAAACGUCGCCGCGGCGGAUUCGCAAAUCUUCCGCUCUCUCAACCAAGAUUUCCAGCCUUGGUCUGAAAUAUUUACAUGGCGCUGUGGAAUAUGGUGACCCUCCGCGCAUAUUGCCUGCCCAUCUAGAAGGGCUGGAUGACUGGCUGGGCUUCCCAGAUGGCCUUCCGGAAGACGGCAUCAUUGUCAACCCCGGCUCGCAAGAAGCCGAGAUCAUCAUGCGCAUCGGGCCGGAUGCCGAGGCCCGGCGGCAACUCUAUAUCGCGUCGAAUACAAGUCCCCCGGGUCAGAUUGAAACCCUCCACUCUAUGCUGCGCGCUCGCGGCCAGCUUGCGCGGGUAUCUGGAAAAUCGAGCUACGCUGAGUUUGCAUUAAUGAACAACAUGCUCAAGACACCGAAACAUGUGGAGUAUUUCCUUGACACACUGCUCAACCAGACGCGUCCUGCGACGCAAAAGGCGCUGGACCUUUUACGUACACAAAAGCAAGCAUAUCCUACUGCCGCAAUCAACGCCUGGGACAUUGACUUCUACGCCGAACCUGAACCGGAGGCAUUUGCCGCCCUCCCAAACCUCACGCUGGGCACAGUAUUCAUGGGCCUUUCACGACUCCUCCGCCAUAUAUACGGCAUCUCUCUCCGCGUAGCCGAUGUUCCCUCCAGCGAAUUCUGGCACCCUGAUGUCACCAAACUCGAAGUCGUAGACGAGAAGGAAGGCGUGAUUGGCUGGAUAUACGCCGACCUCUUUGCGCGGCCCGGAAAAGUGCGCGGCGCGGCAGCCCAUUUCCUCCGUCCGUCCCGAAGAACAGACGACGACGAUGAGGCGGGAGAUGGGGUCACUCCUGAGCUGCAAAAGCAGAUCAAAGUUUCGCAGGAGUUCGAUGCACAUGGCCGGCGCGCAUUUCCAGGCAGAGAAAGGGUUUACCAGCUGCCCAUUGGUGCCCUGUUCGCGGACUUUCUGCCGCCCACGGCUGAGGGUGAUCCGCCGGAGUUGGUUUGGCAGGAAGUCAAGAUGCUGUGGCACGAAAUGGGCCACGCGAUGCAUUUCAUGCUCUCGCGCCCGGAUUUUUACAGUACAUCCGUCUCCGCCUGUCCCACCGACUUUGUCGAAUUCCCGUCCACGCUGAUGGAACACUUCCUCACCUCCACCCAGGUCUUCUCUCUCUUCGACAGUGGAAGCAUCGACGAGAAGUACCUCGCCGACCCCUUCCCUGCUAUCCACACCCACCAGCAGAUCCUGCUCGCGAUGCUCGACCAGGCAUACCACUCUCCAAAGGCUCUGGAAAACGACUUCGACUCGACUGCGGAACUGAGGCGCAUUUAUGAUCAGUAUAGUCUGAUCCCGCAUGUCCCCGGCGCCACGCCCCAGACGCGCUUCAGACACCUCGGCAGCAGCCCCGUGUCGUACUACGGCUACCUCUUCGACCAGGCCAUUACGGGCAAAGUGUGGCGCGAUAUAUUUUCGAGGGACCCGCUGGACCGAGCGGCAGGCGAAAGGCUGCGGCGGGAGGUGCUAAGCUGGGGCGCGAGUAAGGAUGCGUGGAAGAUGCUGAGUGAGCUGCUGAGAAUGCCAGAGUUAGAGAGCGGUGGUGUGGAGGCAAUCAAGGAGGUCGGCAGCUGGAGUGAGGACAUGAAUUGA